UCGAUUAAAUCGCCAAAUUCAUUGAUAGGUCUACAGAAAACUGGUGGAAUCAACCAACAAGUCAAAACAAGCUCUAUAUCAGGUUUUAAGAUUAACUAAUUGAACUUGCUACAAAGCAGUCAAUUAGAUUAAUGCGUUAAAAUCGUACAUUCUUUAUUGAAUGCAGGCAGACAGAAGACAUACAACAAAACAUUAAACAAUUGAUUAUGAGACACCAGAAAAGAUGGUGAGGGAGAGACAGAUAAGCCAGUCCUUGCCAAAGUAUCACCCACUUCCAAUUUAAGUGCCACAGGAUGAAAGGAAAUCAGCUAAAAACACACAACCAAGGAACCACCACCAAAGUGAAAAGAGAAAAACUCUUCUUCUACAAGGCCCCGAAACAAACAGCAACACAACAACAUUUUCCUGUGGCAAUCAUAAAUACCUAGCCCUAUUGGGUAAUGCCGAGUUAAGGUGAAGGAGAGAAGGGAAGAGGGCUAAGUCUAAUUUAUGACAAGGACUGGCCUACCUAAAGAUUGCAUUCAGACUUAAAGUAAUGGGAAAUUGCACGCAGGGUGUCCGACCCCCAAUAUGGUGUCUUGUCGUCUUCUGGUUUGUCUCUUCUAAGGAGGCGAGACCCAUAGAUUUUCUGCCUAGAUUAUGGUCAGUGGAUUUUAAAUUUCCCUAAUUAUAUUUGCUUUGAUGCUUGUGAUGGGGAGGCCAGGCCACAUUCUUAGAAACAAUAUAAUAUUGUGUCAAAUUCACUGCUUCCUUAUCUAAGGCCAUAAUCUAAGCACUACAUAUCUGACAGAACCACAGACUGUAGAAGACAGGUCUUGCAUGUUGACCGCGUAGUCACUUCCUCCGUUACUUCCUCCGUUACUUCCUCGAGAAAACUGAAACACGUUUGGAAGAUGGCGGAGACGGAGGUGAUAGCUCUACUGGUGGAACCUCGUGUGCAACCCAAUUAAUCUUCCAAAGUAUGGGAGCACGUUACAUUGAAGAAUUCAAAGGAGACAAGUUUGCAGAAAAACAGCUGAACUUGUGUGGCUCGAGAGCACAACAGUGACGCAUGAGCUCCUGUAGAAAAAGAACGUUUGAACCAUGACGCAGGAUGAAGAGGGCUAUAAGCACAAAUACAAAAUCCUUGCCAAAAGAACACUGCCUGCUUUUCGACAAGCACAGUUUAUCACAAAUUAAACAAGUUUAGCUUCAGUGUUCGAGUUUUGUUCACCUUGUUGGUACAGUAAGUCAGAAGAGGAAAACGACAACAUUGAUUCUCUGUCUCUAUCUACUGAACACAGAUAACAUUUCAUCAUCGCUAUCUGUCGGAGCGCUAUGGGAAGGUCUACAGUAUCUAUAUUGGGAGCAAACCAGCUGUGGUGCUCAACGGUCUGCAGGCAAUGAAGGAAGCACUGGUCGCUCAGUCUGUGGAGUUUGCUGGACGACCCCAAGACCUGAUGGCCAACCACAUUGCAGGCAGCGAAGGUGUCAUAUUGGCUGAUUAUGGGCUCAGCUGGAAGAAACACCGGAGAUUUGCCCUGAUGUCCCUACAUAACUUCGGCCUGGGGAAACGGUCCAUGGAGCAGAGGAUUCUGGGAGAGACUCUGCACAUCAGCUCAUGCUUAGAGAGAAGUAUCGGAAAAUCCAUGGAUCCUCAGCAUCUGUUCUGCAGCGCUACGUGCAACAUAAUAUGCUCCAUCAUGUUUGGGUCUCGGUACGAAUAUGAGAAUGAACGCUUUCAGGCCAUGCUCAGUAUGAUGCAGGAGAAUUCGAAGAUUACCAACGGACCCUGGACUAUGUUAUACGACACAGUGCCCCUGUUCCGGAACCUGCCCCUGCCGUUCCGGAGGAUCUUUCGGAACUACAGCAACGUGCGGGAGCACGUUCUGGGCAUCGUGAGCCAGCAGGAGAAAUCCUGGGUUUCCGUGGAGACGAGGCACCUCAUCGACUGCUACCUGAAUGAAAUGGAAAAGCAAGGUGACAGCAAUAUUUGCUUUCACAAAAGCCAGAUGGUUGCCCUCCUUCUGGACCUCCUCUUUGCCGCAACAGACACCACCUCCAACACACUGCGCACCACCCUCUUGUAUCUGAUGACUCACCCACACGUGCAGGAGAGGUGUCAGAAGGAGAUCGACGAGGUGCUUGGGGAGAAGGAGCACGCCUCUUUCGAGGACAGACACAUGAUGCCCUACACACAGGCCAUGACCCACGAGGCUCAGCGAGUCGCAGACACGGUGCCGCUCAGCGUCUUCCACACCACCACCAAAGACACACGGCUGAUGGGCUACGACAUCCCCAAGGGAACCGUCAUCAUCCCCAACCUGUCCUCUGUGCUGAGUGAGGAAAGCCAGUGGAAGUUUCCCCACGACUUCAACCCCUCCAACUUCCUGAACGAUCGGGGAGAGUUUGUGAAGCCAGAGGCCUUCAAAGCCUUCUCUGCAGGGCCUCGGGUGUGUCUGGGAGAGGGUCUUGCUCGCAUGGAGCUCUUCCUGAUUCUCGUGACACUGCUACGCCGCUUCAAAUUUGUCUGGCCCGAGGACAGCGGUGUGCCUGACUACACCCCUGUUUUUGGGGUCACCCAGGCACCCAAACCCUACAGACUGGGGGUCAGACUGAGGGAAAAGCCGGGGAAGUGA